AAAUUUUGUUUUUUCAAAAUUGUGAGAUAAUAAUAAAAAAAGUAGUGGAUCCGGAAGAUACGGAUCAGGAUACGCAAGUAAUGGGUCUCAACUUUACAGUUUCUUUAGCCGUCACGAAAUCCUCAUCUCCAUGACUUCACACUGAAGGAUCCUCCUCUCUUCACCCAUAUAACCUAGCCUAAUCUCCCCCUCUCUUUCUACGAAGUUUCAACUUUCAAACUCAUUGAAGAAUGCACUCUGAGCCCAUUUCAAGUUUCUCUCAGGUCUAAGCAGAUUACACUUGUGAUGCAAAAUAUAUCUUUGAAAUCUUGCUCGGUUGUAGUUCAUGAGUUGCAUGAGGAUUCUAAUGUGCUUCUCAAUCUUGCAAGUUCCCAGAUGCAGAACCCAUACCUUAGCUAAUUUUUGGUGGGAAAGCUCUCGUAGUUUAAAUAGAACAUGUGGCAAGAAUUCCAGCUUUCGAUUGUUGGGUUCCAAAGCCAAUGGGAUGGAAGGAGGAUACAGUAAAAGAUGGAUCAGAAGACCUGUAAGUACCAAAACAGGAGGAGAAAGCCAAACUACUCGAAAAAGCAAAUCAACCACCAUUGGACAUGAAAUUCUGGAUGAAACAGUUUCAACUAGGUCUACAUUGAAUAUAAAAAAAACAGAAGUAAGUGAUUUCCAUAGGAAUCAAUACUGUGAUACUCAACAAAAGAUUGCUGAGAACGAAGACAUUGCUAAGCUUGUGACUGUUAUUGUCUUUGAUAUUGAGACUACUGGGUUCAGCAGACAGAAUGAACGCAUUAUUGAGAUUGCAUUGCAGGAUCUUCAGGGAGGUGAAAACAGCACCUUCCAAACACUAGUAAAUCCCGGACGCCAUGUUACUAAUUCAGAUAUUCAUCACAUUACAACACAUAUGGUCUGCAGACCUGAUGUCCCAAGGAUGGAAGAGUUGAUACCUAUAUUACUGCAGUAUGUGAAGAGCCGUCAGAAACCUGGGGGCUAUGUAAUGUUUGUUGCUCACAAUGCUCGUAAUUUUGAUGUCCCAUUUUUGGUUAAUGAAUUCGGUCGCCACCAUUUUGAAAUUCCUCAGAAUUGGCUUUUCGUCGACACGCGACCUCUGGCACGUGAAGUGCUGAAGAUGGAAGGAUUAAAAGUUACUUCAGGGACAUCACUAGAAGCCCUUUGCAAGAAGUAUAAUAUUCAAUUCGUUGGCAAAGCACACAGAGCCAUGGCUGACGUGACCGCAUUAUCAUUAGUUCUUCAGAGGCUGACUUUCGACCUGAAACUCCCACUUUCUGGCCUCAUUGCAAGACAUUUUACACCUUCAGAAUUAACCUCUGCAAAGAAGAAGAAAUAGAGCUAGUUUGGAGCCGCAUUAUGCCCCUGUAUUAACUAUUUAUAGUAUAUUUUUUACCCAUUUCAUGAUAAAAUCUCCAGGUCAUUUAUUUUA